AUGGGAUUUGAGCUGUCUAUUUGGCGAUCGUUCGGAAGCUUCCGAAGGCACGUGGGAGAGACCUUCCUCAGCAGUAGAGAAAAAGCGAAGGCCCCGCGAGAUGCGUGGCGGUACAUGGGUACACUGGUGCGCUCUCAAAGGGGUGUGCUGCUAGCCAGCAUAGUGACCCUCGUGCUCGCGGCCGCGUGUGAGAUUGCGGUGCCGCACUACUCCAGCAGGGCCCUUAACGCCGCGGCGUUCGCCAACGACCGCGUGGAGUUCGCCCGAAGUUUGCAAGGCAUGGUAGCCUACAGCCUGCUGGCUUCGGUUUUCACGGGUCUUCGGGGGGCGUGUUUCUGGCUUGCGGGGACGCACGUCGUUGCCAAAGUCAGGUUCGACCUCCUGUCUUCGCUACUCAAGCAAGACAUUUCCUUCCACGACUCUAAUGAGACCGGAGCGCUGACGUCCCGCUUGGCCUCCGACACGGCGAAGAUCAGCAACGUGGUCAGCUUUCACGUCAACAUUCUUUGCAGGCAGGUGAUCCAGGCCGUAGGAGGUCUCGGAUACCUCUACAUGCUGGAGAGGCAGCUUGCCUGCGUCGCCCUGGUCGGUCUUGUGUUGGUCGGGGGCAUCACCACCGCUUACGGUCGCUUCUCGAGGCGGAUAUCCGCCAAGGUGCAGACCGCGCUCGCGGAGGCCGGUAGCGUGGCGGAGCAGAGCUUGUCCCUCAUCAGGGUGGUGAGGGCGCACGCUAACGAGCAGCACGAGCGACGACGGUACGGGGGCAAGAUAGGCAACUCGGUCGAGCUGCAGGAGACGCAGGGUAUCGCGUACGGCGUAGCCAGGGUGGUAAUCGGCUGGAGCCAGGCGAUUCUACUUGGUGCGGUGCUGUUGCUCGGCGCGGGAAGGGUGUUCGACGGCCGCAUGACAGGGCAACAACUGACAACCUUCGUCUUCUACACGCAGUUCGUCACCUCCGCGAGCUUCGACGUGGGGGAUCAGAUCCAAGAAGCGCUCGGGGCUGGGCAGAAGGUGUUCGAGCUUUUGGACAGGGAGCCUAUCAUGACCGGCCAAGCCAAGACAGAAGGAAAACAGUCCGUGGAGCAUUCCUCGUCUUCAACUCUUACGCAGCAUGACUCCACCGUGAUGGAAGAACACGCGCCGCCUUUGACAAAUAGCGUCGGCAGCAAAGGGGGCGGGGAUGCCGACAUGCCAUCCCCGCAUUUGCAGCAGCAGCAGCAGGCGACGUCUGCUCACGCCGGGAGCGAGCGACAGCGACAGCGAGGGAGGGUGGAAUUUGAUUCUGUGUCGUUCGGGUACCCGACACGAUCAGGGGUUCUCGUUUUGGACGGUCUGAACCUCACCGUAAGACCCGGGGAGAAGGUAGCUGUCGUGGGCUCGUCGGGGGGAGGGAAGUCGACAAUCCUGCGGCUCAUCUGCAGGUUCUAUGACCCGCAGGGAGGCAGCAUUCUGUUGGGGGGGAGGGAUUUGUCCACGUACAAGCCGGCGGACAUCAGCAACGUUGUGUCCUGGGUAACACAGGAGCCGCAGCUAUUUCCGAUAUCAGUGAGAGAAAAUAUCGCCUACGGAAUGGGGUCUUACAGCAUGGAGGAUGUUUACAAGGCUGCCAAAUCGGCCAAUAUACACAAUUUCGUCAGCGAGCUGCCGGAGGGGUACGACACACUGGUGGGGGAGGGGGGUGCUUCGCUCAGCGGGGGGCAGAAGCAGAGGGUGGCUAUCGCAAGAGCUCUCAUCAGAGAUCCGGAGGUGCUCCUGCUUGACGAGCCUACGUCUGCGUUAGACGUGGAGAGUGAGCGCCUUGUGCAAGACGCGCUGGACACGGCGGGGAAGGGACGCACCGUAAUUUUGAUUGCGCAUCGGCUGGCCACCAUCCAGAGGGCGGACCGUAUCGUCGUCAUGCAGAAUGGACGUUUGGUGGAAUCGGGGAAGCACGAAGAGCUACUAUCCUUAGGCGGGGUGUACGCGGGGCUGUACAAGCAGGGCGAGCAGGUCGCCACCCUCAAGUAAACAAACACAACAAGUUUUGGCCCACCCUUCUGUUUCUAUUAAGAGACCCACCACCACCACCACCACCACCACUAUCUGUGCCGCUGCGGUUGGUGCUGUACGAUCAUUUUGUCGACCGGGCAAGGGUACCAGGGCGUGAGGUGGGGUUGUUGCUUGUGAUGUGUGCGGAGGGGACGAAAGGAAAGCAUCCCCGGGAGGGGCAUAGUUCCUC